AUGGGACUUAUUGGCAAAGCGACUGAGGAAAGAUGCAAGCGUUUGCCUCACUGCGUCAUAAUCAUGCAAUACGUCGAAUGGCGGAGGCAGCCGAAACGCCAGCAGUCGUCGAGAUCCCCUGUCGACUCCGAGGAGACCGGCGAGAGCCCAUCCCAAGCUCAAGGAGCUCUAACGUCCCACCCACUAACCGAGAUCUCGCUGAGCCCAGGCCACCUCCUCCUCCUCAAGCUGUUCCAGCGCCAGGAAUCCCAGAUCUCCCGCGCCGUCAACCUCAAAGAGACCCGGCUCGACGGCCUCAAGCGCGACGCGUUCCACCUGUCCUCCCUCUUCUUCGCGUUCCACGCCCUCUCCUUAACCCUCCUCUUCACCUCCUCCUCCGUCACGGGCCAGGCGCAGACCCAGAUGGGGGCCUGCAAGAACUGGUGGGUCCCGCUCUGCCUGUCCGCGCUGACGUCGCUCGUGCUCAUCAUCGCGGUGCAGUUUAAGGUAUCGAUGUACUGGAAGGUGAUGAGGGCACUGCAGAGGGAGAGGAGCGAUGGAAGAACACUGGCGCGGACGGUGCAGGAGCUGAGAAUGAAGGGAUCGAGCUUUGAUCUGUCCAAGGAGUUGCAACUGGGGACGAAGAGGAUGAAGAGCUCGAGUGUGGAUGGAGGGUGGAGGCCGGUGAGGUGGAUGAAGAGGAAUGCUGUUGCUUUUUGCCUUGCUGGGUUUGCUGGGCUUGUUGCUGCUGCUUGCAAAUUUAUAUUGUGUAGUUGAUUUAUGUUUUUUUUUGGCGAAAGAAGAAUUAGUUGAGGUUAUAAUUCUUUUUAGCUAGUUGUGGGGGUUUGAUUUAAUGUUAUGAUUUGGUUCUAUUGCCAUA